AUGCAUCUCUUUGCAAGUCUGUGCAUUGUGCUUAGCUUUUUGGAGAGAGUGAGCUGUUUAUGUCCUUCACAGUGCACCUGUGAUUAUCACGGCAGAAAUGAUGGCCUGGGAUCAAGGGUGGUGCUAUGUAAUGACCUUGAUAUGAAUGAGUUACCUACAAACUUUCCCGUGGACACUGUGAAGCUUCGCAUAGAAAAGACCGUUGUCCAUACAAUCCCUGCCGAGGCCUUCUACUACCUGGUGGAGCUCCAGUACCUCUGGCUGACUUACAAUUCUGUGGCCAGCCUUGACACCAGCAGCUUUUACAACCUAAAGCAUCUGCAUGAAUUGCGCUUGGAUGGAAAUUCUCUGACUGCUUUCCCUUGGACAUCUCUGAGGGACAUGCCCGGCCUGAGGACCCUGGAUUUGCACAAUAACAGAAUAGCCAACGUGCCAAACGAGGCAGUCAGGUACCUGAAGAACCUCACCUACCUGGAUUUAUCAAGUAACAGAUUAACCACACUGCCACCAGAUUUCCUGGAAAGCUGGUCCCACUUGGUAACAGCAUCAUCCAGAAGCCUGGACCUUCCACCAAGAAGAAUUAUUCUCGGUCUGCAGGACAACCCAUGGUUCUGUGACUGUCACAUUUCCAAAAUAAUGUCAUUGUCAAAAGUCGCUGACCCUGCAAUAGUACUUCUUGAUCCGAUGAUGGUGUGUAGUGAACCGGAACGCCUCACAGGGAUUUUGUUUCAGCGGGCUGAGCUGGAGCAGUGUCUGAAGCCAUCAGUGAUGACCUCGGCUACCCAGAUCACAUCUGCUCUGGGCAGCAAUGUCCUGCUGCGGUGUGAUGCCACUGGCUACCCCACCCCGCAGCUCACGUGGAUCAGACCAGAUAGCUCGCCAGUUAAUUAUACAGUAAUUCAGGAAUCUCCAGGGGAGGGAGUCAGAUGGUCCAUAAUAAGCUUGACGGGCAUUUCUUACAUGGAUGCUGGGGAUUACAAAUGUAAGGCCAAAAAUUUGGCUGGGAUGUCAGAAGCUGUGGUCACCGUGACAGUGGCCGGUGUUGUCACAGCCACCAUCUCAUCAGAUACUUCUGAAAGAAGGACUGGGGAUCACCCUGAACAAGAGGUCCAGCCAGGAUCUAGACGAGCCGCAUCUCUGCCUGGUUCAUCGUCAUCUCCCUGGCCUCAUCCCUCCUCUUCUCCCACUUUUCCUCCUACUUCAGCUUCAUCUCCUCCCUCCACUGCUUCCUCCUUCUUCUCUCCUUUCUUCUCCUCCGCUGUUUCUUCAGCUACAACGCCAAGCACUAGAAUAUCCACAGGCACCGCCACGGCUAGCCGACAGUCACUCCGCCCAGAUGGGAAAAGAAGUGCCAAGGCAGAGAUGGGCGGCGGGAAGCUUCCCCCAGCUAGUGCCAGUAGAAGGGAAGAGCUGGCACUGCUGGAUCGAGCCCUGCCCAUGGAAACGAAUGCCACGAUAGAAAACCUCCAGGUGGUCGGCGAAACAGAAGGAAGCGUGAUUUUGAUGUGGGACACUGUUAACACCACCCAGAUCUCGGAAGUGACCGUGUUUUAUUCCAAAUAUGGUGAGAAGGACCUGCUGCUGCUUAACGUGAACUCCAGCAAGAACCAAGUCACCAUAAAUGGCUUGCUUCCUGGUUGGCAGUAUAUAGCGUGUGUCUGUCCAAAGGGAAUGCCUCCCCAGAAAGACCAGUGUAUCACCUUUUCUACUGACAGAGCUGAAGAAGAAGGUGAUUCUCGAGAGUCUUUCCUGAUGGUGGUGAGUGGCGCUGCCUGCGUUGCUGUCUUGCCGUUGAUUUUUUUCCUGUUGUACAAAGUUUGCAAACUUCAGUGUACGCCAGACUCCCUCUGGGAAGAUGAUUUGGCAAAAGAGACUUAUAUCCAGUUUGAGACGCUGUCCCCCAGGUCUCAAAGUGUAGGGGAACUGUGGACGCGAAGGCCCAGAGCCGAAUCAGAAAAACUGCCACUCUGCUCUAGGUCAAGUGUGGAGUCUCCUGACUAUUAA